AUGGGCGAGCGCAGCCCGGGGGCGGCUGGGCGGGAGUCCGGAGACCUGUGCCCUGGGGAGCGGUCCGGCAGAGGUCGCCCGGGCGCGGGGUCCGCGGUGCAGGAGCUGCGCGAUGGUGGCCCUGGAGAGGUCCCCGAUCGAGCGGGAGGCUGGGGGCGGCCUGGAGGUGAGACCCGGCUGCGUUCGCAAGAGCUGCGGGCCCUGGCGCCUGCGUCCCUCUGGGAGGCAGGGUGGGGAGCAGAUCUCGGGGCGGGCGCUGGCGCCCUGCUGCCUCCGGGAGAAAGAUCCCAUAGAUAUGAGGUCUCUGGCCAGAGCUUCAAACAAGAGUUAGGAUUAAGAGAUCAGAAAAUUCAUAAUAUAAACAAGACCUAUGAAUAUAAAGAAUGUGGAAAAACCUUCAACCAGAGCUCAAACCUGAUCAUACAUGGGAGAAUUCAUAAAGGAAAGAAACCAUAUGUAUGUAAUGAAUGUGGGAAAGACUUUAACCAAAGUUCAAACCUUAUUAUAUAUCAGAGAAUUCAUAUAGGAAAGAAACUUUAUAUAUGUCAUGAAUGUGGGAAAGACUUCAAUCAGAGCUCUAAUCUGGUUAGACAUAAGAGAAUUCACAGCAGCGAGAAUCCCUAUGAAUGUAAAGAAUGUGGGAAGGCCUCUAAGGGAAGCUCAAACCUUGUCCUACACCAGAGAAUCCAUAGUGGAGGGAAGCCAUACAUACGCAAUGAAUGUGGGAAGGCCUUCAGUCAAAGCUCAGAUCUUAUUAUACAUCUCAGAAUUCACACAGGAGAGAAACCCUAUGAAUGUUAUGACUGUUGUCAAAUGUUCAGUCAAAGUUCACACCUUGUCACACGUCAGAGAAUUCUUACUGGAGAGAAACCCUUCAAGUGUAAUGAAUGUGAAAAAGCAUUCAGGCAGCAUUCUCACCUUACUAAACACCAGAGACUCCACAGUGCAGAGAAACCGUAUGAAUGUCUCAAAUGUGGGAAAUCCUUCAGAAGUUCAGAUCUAAUUCCGCAUUGGAUAAUUCAUACUGGAGAGAAACCCAAUGAAUGUAGUGAAUGUUGGAAAGCCUUUAGCCAGAGGUCACAUCUUGUUACACAUAAAAAAAUUCAUACUGGAGAGAAGCCCCAUCAAUGCAAUGAAUGUGGGAAAACCUUCAGGCAGCAUUUUCUCCUUACUCAACAUGGGAGAAUCCAUAGUGGUGAGAAGCCCUAUGAAUGCAAGGAAUGUGGAAAACCCUUAACCUGGCACACUUGUGGUAGAACUUUCCGAGGCAGCUCAGACCUCAUCAGGCAUCAUAUAACUCAUACAGGAGAGAAACUAUACAAAUGUAAAGAAUGUGGGAAAACUUUCAACCAGAGUUCAGACCUUAUGAAACAUCAUAGAAUUCAUAGUGGAGAAAAACCUUACGUAAGCAGUAAAUGUGAGAAAUCUUUCAGGGGCAGCUCAGAUCUUAUUAAACACUAUUGUGUUCAUACUGGAGAGAAACCCUAUGAAUGCCCCGAAUGUGGGAAGGGCUUCCGUCAGAACUCACACCUUAUUAGUCAUCAGAGAACUCACACUGGAGAGAGACCCUUUGAAUGUAACAACUGUGGGAAGGCCUUCAGUGGAAGCUCAAACCUUGUUAUACAUCAAAGAAUUCAUACUGGAAGGAAACCUUAUGUUUGUGGUGAGUGUGGAAAAGCUUUCAGGGAAAGCUCAAACCUUAUCCUGCACCAGAGAAUUCAUAGUGGAGAGGAGCCAUAUAUAUGUGAUGAAUGUGGAAAAGCCUUCAAUCAAAGCUCAGAUCUUAUACAUCACAGAAUUCACAGUGGAUAGACACCCUAUGAAUGUAAUGAUUGUGGAAAAGUAUUCAGUCAGAGCUCACAUCUUGUUACCCAACAGAGAAUUCAUACUGGGGAGAAAUGCUAUGAAUGCAGUCAAUGUGGGAAAACCUUCAGGCAGAGUUCCCUCCUUAUUCAGCAUUGAAGUAUACACAGUGGAGAAAAACCCUAUGGAUGCACUGAAUGUGAGAAAACCUUCAGAUGGAGCUCAGACUUUGUUAGGCAUCCGAAAAUUCAUACUGGAGAGAAAGUUUAUGAAUGUAAUGAAUGUGGAAAAACUUUCAGUCAGAGCUCAGGUCUAACUGAGCAUUGGAGAAACCACACAGGAUCAUGA